AUGUCUGCUACCAACGUGGAGAAGGCCACCGAUGCCGCUGUCAAUGACGUUGCAAAUACUCUGAGCAAUACCUCAAUCAGCCAGCCUGCCGACGACAAGGCCGCCGCCAACGAGGCUGCCUCGGCCAGCGCUGCGGAAGGCCGCCGUCUCUACAUCGGCAACCUGGCCUACGCGACAACUGAGGGGGAGUUGAAGGACUUCUUCAAGAGCUAUCUUGUCGAGUCUGUCUCGAUCCCAAAGAACCCUCGCACUGAACGCCCUGUGGGCUACGCCUUUGUUGACCUCUCAACACCUUCUGAGGCUGAGCGUGCUAUUGCUGAGCUCUCUGGCAAGGAAAUCCUUGAGCGCAAGGUCUCUGUGCAACUCGCCCGCAAGCCCGAGCCUGCUGGUGAGAAGACUGAGGGCGCCAACGGUGAAGGUUCAGGUGCUGAGGGAUCACGCCGUCGGGCCUCUGGUCGAGGUCGCGGACGUGGCCGCGGCCGUGGAGGACGUGCUGCUCGCGGUGGCCGCGCUGGUGAUGCCACCGAAGAGAAGAAGGAGGGUGAAACUGCUAUUGCCGCCACCGAUGCCGCGGCCGCCCCUGCUGAAAUCGAGGGCACCACUGAGAAGAAUCAGACUCGACCCCAGCGUGAGCGUCGCGAGCGCGGCCCCCCUGCCGAUGGUAUCCCUUCCAAGACCAAGGUCAUGGUUGCCAACCUCCCCUACGACUUGACGGAGGAGAAGCUCAUCGAGCUUUUCAAGGCAUACGAGCCUUCCUCUGCCAAGAUUGCCCUCCGACCUAUCCCCCGAUUCAUGAUCAAGAAGCUUCAGGCUCGCGGUGAGGCUCGUAAGGGUCGUGGAUUUGGAUUCGUCACCCUUGCCUCCGAGGAGCUUCAGCAGAAGGCUGUUACCGAGAUGAAUGGCAAGGAGAUUGAGGGCCGCGAGAUUGCUGUCAAGGUCGCCAUUGACAGCCCCGACAAGACUGAUGAGGAGGCCAACGCUCCUCAGGAGGAGAACAAGGAGGCCACUGAGGCUGCCACCACCACUGCUUAA